CUAGUUCAGCCAUUGUAGCGUACUAUGUACCGAUAAGGCUGUGGUGGCAGCGGGUCAUUUCCGCAAACUCUGCGAUCGGCGUUCCCGGAAUACACCGACAAUAAAAUCCACCGUCCCCCCUUCUUCUCAGCUCUUCGCACACCUCUCCCCUCUCCCGUCAAGGCUGUACAUGACAGUAUGAAGUCCGACAUCGAGGCUCACCCUAACCCCGAGUCGACGAAAGCGUCGUCGUUGGGCGAACUAUGGAAUCAAUCCAUUGAUCCGGUUUACGCGGAUUGGAUUGGUCUUGUGCUCUGCUUUGUCACUGGUUUAUGCGACAGCAGCGCCUAUAAUGCCUGGACCUGCUUCCUUGCUAUGCAAACAGGAAACACAAUCUUCCUCGGUCUCGGCGCGUCCUCCCAGCCGUUCAACAAGCCCUGGGGCUGGCUAAAAUCCCUCGUCUCCAUCGCCGCCUUCUUCCUCGGCGCAACCGUGUUCUCCAACACCACGCGUCUUGCCGGCCCCCGUCGUCGCGGAACCCUCUUCGUCUCCUUCCUGAUGCAGUCCAUCCUCAUCAUCAUCGCCGUCGCCCUGAUCGAAGCAGACCUUAUCCCGCAUACCUCGCAAGACGCCAGUUUGACCGGUGGACCGCUGUUCCUGGAAUUGAUCCCGAUUGCGCUCCUGGCGUUCCAAAGCGCGGGGAGUAUCACGUCGACGAGGGCGUUGGGGUAUAACGAGAUCCCCUCGGUGGUGUUGACGAGUGUGUACUUUGAUCUGGCGAGUGAUCCGAAGCUGGUCUCUGGGCCGACCGGGAAUGUUAAGCGGAAUCGUCGCGCCGGUGCUGUGAUCAUGUUGCUUAUCGGGGCGAUUGCGGGAGGGUGGUUGAGUCGGAGUGCAGGGGGGAUGGAGUCUGCGCUGUGGAUUUCGGCUGGGAUUAAAUUCGUGAUUGGGUUUGUGUGGUUUGGUUGGUGGGGAGAGCAGUAGUUUACUUUGUAUAGGGAGCAUAGAAUAGCAUAGCAUACUUGAUAGACCGUUAGACUAGCUAUAAUAGAUGCGAGACACGUGGUUAAUGCAUGAUAGACCUACAUAUGCAUCUUGUAUGCACUUUUACGCAUGGCUACAGGGGUUUAGACCGGGAU